UGAGAGAGAGAGAGAGAGAGAGAGAGAGAGACUCAAAUGUUGAUCUCAAUGGCGACUAUGUUUUUAGCAAAGAGAGUAAACAUUAACAUACACAGGGUUUACAACAGAAGUGCUCCAUCUUUUGCUAAUGGAGGAGUCAUUACCACCGCAAGCCCUAGUUACUUCUCAUCCAACGGAAACGAUGGAGGAGAGAAGUCAAAGAAAGAGGGAAUGGGGACAACUACAGAUGGCAAGGCUCCGAAUGUGACGAUGAGUCAUGCGGCUGACACAUCCAGAGAUGGGUUGGAACGAGCAGUAGAUGUAGCGAACGAGGAGUGUGGAGAUGCAAGCAAGCAGAAGAGCGAAGAGAAUGAUAAAGGAAGUGAAGAAGAAGAGGAUGUAGCUGUGGGUGAAGAUGGAACUGUUGAAGGCCAGAAUCAGUCAUCAGGAUGAGAAUAUUACCACAUAGAUAAUGUUAUGACAUACAUCAAUGUUAUGUAGAAACCGUGAGAUGUAAGGAGAAAGCAAAGUUGUUGUGAGAAACUGUGCCUGUGUUAGAGUAUGGCAAAAAGUAUUUGAUAAUAGCAGUUCAAAUACGUUUUACAUGUCUACAUCUCUGCGUUUAGCCAAGUAUUUACUUCAGUUUUGU